ACCCAAAGGGGGAUUCACUUUCGUAAGAAACAAAAGACCUCAGCCUUUCUACGUUCAGUCCAGUUAACGUUUCAUUGUCUUGUGCUUCGAAUCGAAGGCAGCAGAAAUUUUGAUCAAAUCGAUUUCAAAGAGAGGGAAGGGGAAAAAAAUCUAUGAGAGCAGCUCUUCUUCCUUGUAUGCGGAUGCGACGCAAUUUAAAGUGGAAACUCGAUUGAUUGAGGAUCAAAGAGCACCACAAUGACGGAAGACUCAGAAUCACUAGACCAGUGUCUUGCGCAUGCCCGUAGCCUCAUCCUUUCAGCCAUCAAGAACUCAAAAUCCACCAAAAGUUUCGUGGGUCGAUGGACUUUGAUCGUCUCCAAGCUCGAGCAAAUCCCAAAUUGCCUCUCUGACCUCUCCUCUCAUCCACUCUUCGCUAAGAAUGGUCUAUGUAAAGAGCAGAUACAGUCCAUCUCCACUGCCCUUUCAGAAACAAUUGCAUUGGCUGAACAAUGUUCUUGCAGGGAAAUUACAGUAGGAAAGCUUCAAAUGCAAAGCAAUCUUGAUUCACUCUCUGCAAAGCUUGAUCUUUGUAUUAAGGAUUGCCACCUUCUGAUAAAAACCGGAGUACUUGGUGAGUUGAAUGUUCAGUCUUUGAAGAUUUGCAGCGUGCCUGAGUUACUUGCCAGAGUUCAGAUAGGAAAUAGUGAAGCAAAGCAUAAGGCAGUUGACGGGCUUCUUGAAUCUUUGAGGAAUGAUGAGAAGAACGUGAUUGUUUUCUUAAGUCAAAGCAAUAUAAAUGCACUUGUUCAGUUGCUCACCGCUACUGCUCCUAAGAUUAGGGAGAAAGCUGUCACAAUAAUUUGCAUGCUUGCUGAAUCUGGGAGUUGCGAGGGUUUGUUAAUUUCAGAAGGUGUGAUUGCUCCAUUGGUUAAAUUAAUGGAUUCUGGAAGCCUCACAGGGAGAGAAAAAGCUGUAGUAACACUGCAGAGGCUCUCAAUGUCGGUGGAUAAUGCACGAUUAAUUUCCGAACAUGGAGGAAUUCUGCCAUUAAUCGAAAUUUCUCAAGCUGGGGAUUCAAUUUCACAGUUGGCAGCAGUUGGGACUCUGAAGAACCUUUCGAUUUUGCCUGAAAUAGGGCAGAAUUUGGUAGAUGAGGGGAUAAUUCGGGUCAUGAUAAAUUUGCUAGAUUCUGGAACUGUGCUCGGCUUGAAAGAAUACGCUGCUGAGUGUUUGCAAAAUUUAACAUCGCUCAGUGGCAACAUAAAAAAGAUUGUAGUUUCUGAAGGAGGAAUUAAGAGCAUCUUGGGUUAUCUUGAUGGUCCAUUACCACAAGAAUCAGCAGUCGGUGCAUUGAGGAACCUCAUAAGUACAGUAUCGACAGAGAGUACAAUUUCACUUGGGAUUUUACCUCGAAUAGUGCAUGUGCUAAAGAACGGAUCUCCAGGUGCUAAGCAAGCGGCAGCCUCUGCAAUAUGCAAAAUAUCUAAUUCCACGGAAAUGAAGAGUUUGAUCUGUGAAUAUGAAUGCUUGCCUUUGCUCGUAAAUUUGCUCGAGGCUAAGUUAAGUUUGGCUAGAGAAGUUGCGGCCCAAGCCAUUGCAAGCUUGAUAAGUUGCCGACAUAGUCGAAAGGAGGUUAAAAAGGAUGAAAGAAGCGUUCCGAAUCUAGUUCAGUUGCUUGAUCCGAGCCCUCAGAAUACAGCAAAGAAGUAUGCAGUGUGUUGCCUUUUGUUACUGGUAUCAAGCAAGAAGUGCAAGAGGAUAAUGAUUUCUUAUGGGGCUAUUGGAUAUCUUAAAAAACUUUGUGAAAUGGAUGUGCAAGGUGCUAAGAAACUGCUUGAUAGAUUG